AUGGGGGGGAGACAUCUCUACGAGAUACUGAGAGAGGAUCAGGAGCCCUUCGCCCUCCAGAGCUUUAUCCGGGACAGGCGCCGCCAACUUCAGCUGCCGUCGUCCGACACAUCAUCGCCGCCAAGGGCACCGUUCCAGCAGCGCCCGAGGCAUACGCCGCCUCCCUCUGCGUCCUCCCUGUUGAGAAGCAGCAGCGCUUCGCUCGCCCACUUCCGGAGCUGCAGUGUCAAGCGGCGGUCACUGCUGUCGUGCCUCGCCCUUGCGAAGAACCCCUUCUCGUCGGCCAGGAUCUCCACCGCGUUCCUCCUGGAGACAGUUUCAAGGAGCACCAAUGAUCAGAAGCAAGAACGGCAGCAGCUGCAGCCGAACAGGAAGAAGCGGAGGAGGAGCAGGAAAGGCGGAGUCAAUGCGGACGACAGCUCAGUGAACGUUGUCCAUUCGGGCUUCGUCGAUUUCCUCGUGAAGAGGCUGUCCUCCCAGAAGCGCCACCUGGGGAUCGCGGGGGGUGAGAAAGUGGAGGGCGAAUCCUCCAAGAUCUCAGACGAAGACCCACUCGGAGGCGAAGACGACCGGGCAACGUCUGAUACAGCGAGAGGGAGCGAAGAGGAAGUACAUUCUGGCGAGCCACUCCCCGACAAGUUCGGUCCUCGACCCACCGGAGAGGGCAAGGAGGGGCGGAGCCCCGUCAGUUGCAGGUGCGGCCUCCCCGAGUGCCCUCUCUACGACGGCGGGCGUCCACCGCCGGCGUUCGACGGAGGCUACGCGCUAGGCGAGGGGCCAGCCAUCGUUAGCUCCUCAUGCGACGACGCGGAGCCGGGCUCGCCGGCUACCCCCCCCCCGACGACGCCACCGCCGUCCGUCUCCGAGCCGGGUCGUAGCACCGAGGUACGUGCGCCACCCCUCCCUCUCCCUCUCUCCCUCUUCCGCUCCGGUCGUAUUCGGAUUUGUCGUCUUAGGGGGAUCACACCUCCGGCAUCCGGUCGCACGCCUUUUAAUUAAUUCGUUCGCUCAUCUGUUCCUGUCCUCCCCCUCCUCGAAUCCAAUGCGGGGUCCCCCUCGCUAGUCCUUCGACCAGCCUCGAGCUCAUCAUACGUAUAGACAGGUGUACACGUGCGCGGAUUGAAGUAGAUCAAGCUCCCGAAUCUACGCCGCCGGUAUUCGCCUGGGAUUCCUUAGUUGAAUGAAUUCCUAUAAUCUACUCAAGUCGGACCUUGAACGCCGGCGGCUUUUCCGGCUGAGUAUUGGUUCCGGCUUUCAGCAUGUGGAGCGGCGGGAUGCGUCCGACGCACGUGAGCCUGCCCGCCGUCGUAUUUUUGUGAUAAACAAACAAAUCGAGCAAGCGUCGUGAUGGGGCGGCCGGCGGAGGGAUGGGGAGCAAAGGAUGGUCUUAUCUUGUCUGUGUGGAAGGAACGGUCUAUCGGUACCAGCAGCCUCGUGUGCGAUUUGGGAGCAUUCCUCACCGUCUGGGUUUUUUUAUUUAUGUAUUCUUCUGUUGGGAAAAAGACCGAAGAGUGUUAUCGAGGGCUUCCCUCCAUCGCCUGGUUUCGCUUGGCUUGCCCUGCCUUGACACUGUUCUUUCUGCGGCAGCUGUUCGGGGAGAGGGCGGGGGCUCCGCUCGAGGGGGAGGAGAAGGAACAGUUGAGCCCUGUGUCCGUCCUCGACCUGCCCUUCUACGAGGAGGAGGAUGGCCGGCAUCGUGGAACAGCUGAGGGGGACGCGGCGGAUCCAGCGGUGGCCGACGACGACGACUCCUUCCAGCGCCGGCUGGCCACUCUGCAGAGUACGUCUCUUCUCCCCCCUUCACCCGCCUCCUCGCUCCCUCCCGUCGACGAGGACGCCGUGGAGUCUGCAGAGCGCAAUCGACAGAAAUUUGAAUUCAAAGUGCGAUCCGCUGUUUGAUCGUCUGUCUGGCGCACAGGAAGCAAACAGGAGUUGCUGCACAGAAUCUCCAGCUUCGAGAGGCUAGCAGACCUCGACCCGGUCGCCUUGGACCGCCGACUCGACGAUGAGGGAGACCGCAGUCCCGACUCGACGAUGCGGAGGAGGCUGGAGCCCUGGAAAGGGGUGGAGUCGGACACCGUCGACGUGAUGGUAAAGUUGGAUCUGCGGGAGGAGGGGGACGCGCGGAGGGGGUGCCAGGAGCAAGUCCCGGAGGUGGCGGCGGAGUUGUCAGCCGUCGUAUUCUCCGUGCUGGUGCACGAGCUCGCCGUGGAGCUGUCGAUAACUUAA